GGAGAUGUCCGGACGUGGGAAACAAGGCGGCAAAGCACGCUCCAAAGCGAAAUCACGAUCGUCUCGUGCGGGACUGCAGUUCCCAGUGGGACGUGUGCACCGUCUUCUCCGCAAGGGUAACUACUCGGAACGCGUUGGGGCCGGCGCGCCAGUGUAUCUGGCAGCGGUGCUGGAGUACCUGACGGCUGAGAUUCUGGAACUGGCGGGUAACGCUGCCCGUGACAAUAAGAAGACGCGAAUCAUCCCGCGCCAUCUGCAGCUGGCAAUCCGCAACGACGAAGAGCUCAACAAGCUGCUGGGUCGCGUCACCAUUGCGCAGGGCGGUGUCCUGCCCAAUAUCCAGGCGGUUCUGCUGCCCAAGAAGACCGAGAGCCAUCACAAGGCUAAGGGCAAGUGAGGCC